AUGGAACUGAAAAAUGAUAAGGAAUUAGUUUUGCAAGCUGUGAAAAAUUCAGGCCUUGCCAUUUACUAUGCCUCUGAAGAAUUGAAACGAGAUAGGGAAACAGUUUUGGAGGCAGUUAAGCAGGAUGGUACUGCUUACAAUUAUGUAGCUCCUCAUUUCUCUUCAGAUAAGGAAAUUAUCUCAUUGGCUGUGCAGAGAGAUUCGAAUUUUUUCAAUCUUGCAUCUGAAAGUUUGAAAAAUGAUUAUGAAUUUGUGAUGGAUAUAGUAUCAACAAGAGGAAUGAUAUUGAAAUUUCUACCAGAAACACUAAUGAAUGACAGGGCCAUUAAUUUGGCAGCUAUUUUAAAUAAUGGAAGAGUUAUUGAAUUUUCUCCUUUCAAACAUGAUCCAGAAAUAUUGAAUCAGGCGGUUAAAGUAGUUCCUUAUUAUUACUUGAGAUUUGUAGAUUUAUCAAUGUUUUCGGAUGAAACCUUGAUUGAGGCA